AGGGAAGGAGCCCCUGGGAGCCUGGUGGAGAAACGUAGGAGGUAGGAGGAUUCCAGCCCGCAUGGAGCUGUCCUGGCCUCAGAAGGUUAUCCAUCUCCUGCCAACCACAGAGACGUAUUUAGACAGGACCAGGUGGGGACUGAGGAGUGCCAAUUUCAGGGGGCAGCUCCGGUUCCCUCCCCGCCCCCUGCUCCUAUUCCUCCUCCUGACCCUUUUUCCCUUGGCUCUGUCGGCAGUUUCUCCAGGACCCAGCACUGUCGUCUGUCCACCGCUCUGGGCCAUUCCCCAACCCCGCCUCCCACUCGCGCCCCUAACUCAGAAUCUGGGACCCAGGGGCCCCUCCCUACCCCAGCUAACCUCUUCUGGACCAGGAGAGCCAACCCAGCUCCCACUACCUCCAUGAGUGCUACAGACAGGAUGGGGGCCAGAGCUGUGCCGGGUCUGCGGCUGGCACUGCUGUUGCUGCUGGUGCUAGGGACGCCCAAGUCAGGGGUACAGGGGGAGGAAGGGCUGGACUUCCCUGAGUACGAUGGUGUGGACCGUGUGGUCAAUGUCAAUGCAAAGAACUACAAGAAUGUGUUCAAGAAGUAUGAGGUGCUGGCCCUCCUCUACCAUGAGCCCCCCGAGGAUGACAAGGCCUCGCAAAGACAAUUUGAGAUGGAGGAGCUGAUCCUGGAGUUAGCAGCCCAAGUCCUAGAAGACAAGGGUGUUGGCUUCGGGCUGGUAGACUCUGAGAAGGACGCAGCUGUGGCCAAGAAACUAGGCCUAACUGAAGUGGACAGCGUGUACGUGUUCAAGGGAGAUGAAGUCAUUGAGUACGAUGGCGAGUUUUCUGCUGACACCCUCGUGGAGUUUUUGCUUGAUGUCCUAGAGGACCCUGUGGAAUUGAUCGAAGGUGAUCGAGAGCUCCAGGCAUUUGAGAAUAUUGAGGAUGAGAUCAAACUCAUUGGCUACUUCAAGAGCAAAGACUCAGAGCAUUACAAAGCCUUCGAGGAUGCGGCUGAGGAGUUUCAUCCCUACAUCCCCUUCUUCGCCACCUUCGACAGCAAGGUGGCAAAGAAGCUGACCCUGAAGCUGAACGAGAUUGAUUUCUAUGAGGCCUUCAUGGAAGAGCCUGUGACCAUCCCAGACAAGCCCAAUAGCGAAGAGGAGAUCGUCAGCUUCGUGGAGGAGCACAGGAGAUCAACCCUGAGAAAACUGAAGCCUGAGAGUAUGUAUGAGACUUGGGAGGAUGAUAUGGAUGGAAUCCACAUUGUGGCCUUCGCAGAGGAAGCUGAUCCCGAUGGCUUCGAGUUCUUAGAGACUCUCAAGGCGGUGGCGCGAGAAAACACUGAAAACCCUGAUCUUAGUAUCAUCUGGAUUGACCCUGAUGACUUCCCCCUGCUCGUCCCAUACUGGGAGAAGACGUUUGACAUCGACUUGUCAGCCCCACAGAUAGGAGUCGUCAAUGUUACUGAUGCGGAUAGCAUAUGGAUGGAAAUGGAUGACGAGGAGGACCUGCCUUCUGCUGAGGAGCUGGAGGACUGGCUGGAGGAUGUGCUGGAGGGCGAGAUCAACACAGAGGACGACGACGAUGACGAUGACGAUGAUGACUAGUUGCUGCGGCAACCAUCUUUCAGCCCCACUGAUCUUUUCAUGCUCUCCCCUGCCUCCCUUGUCCUUCCCUGAGUUCCUCCAGGGACACUAGGUUAUUCUCUGCCAUUGAGCUCACUGAGGUCUGUGCACUGGGUGCUGAGACCCUGAUCCCCCUCCUUUGAUGAGGAAAUGAGCUACUUUUCCCUAGACACCAGCCCAGCUCUCUCUCAUCUGACUUCUGUUUCUUAUCCCAUAACUUACUUUCAUCUAUUAUGUGUCUCUUCCAUCACUCUGCAUACUCUUUCUUGUGCUUCUCCUUUAGCCAUAUAUAUGGGCCCCAUUUCUGUUCUGUUCCCUCCAUCUAUGCAUAGCCUUCCCUCACUCUUUCUAUUCCUGUGUCUUUCGGACAGUCCUGUCCCUGGCCAGAAGGAAGGGAGGAUACUUUGGGACUGUAUCUCAGCAAUCACUUGUUAAUGUAUUUGGGUCAAAUGGGAAGCCUCAAUAAAGACAUCUGGGGCAGCAUGAA